AUGCAGACGCCAAAUAUCGGCAAACUGAGCCUUUUCUCCAAGAAAGAGGCGAGCGUUCUCAAGAGUCUGAAGAAAAACCCGACCUUGACCAAGACGCUGAGCGGCAACCCGUCGCUUAUCAAGCCUUUUGAGAACAACCCUCAGCUUGGCAAGACGUUCGAUACCUUGCAAAAGGACACCGCUCUAAUGACGAGGAUGAAGAGUUUGAAAAAGAGUCCUUCCAUGGACAAGCUCAAGACGGCGAUCAGCAAGAAUCCGAGCGCGCUCACGAAUGAAAACGUGGAAAAGCUUGGUGCGGCCGUGCUGAAGAAACCUUUCAGCAAAUUAAAAAGUGAGCGCAACUGGAGGAUGUAUUUCGCGUGCGGCGUGAUAUUUUUGCUGGUACUUGGCGCCGGGGCUACAUUCGCGGCGACCUCAGGAUUGCUUUGA